AUGAAAGAGCCUUCUCACGUGAAGCUACAGUAUAUAUAGCCUAUCACAUAACUGUGCCGAUGAUCAGGGAUCAUUUCUAUGUGGGGAGGUCUUGCUAAACGUAAUCAAUUCAAAGGCCAGCGGAAAUUUCUUACCCGACUUCAGCAAUGGGGAUUCUAUCUUUGAUCCGUUGUAUUGACAAUGUGCUUGAAGAACUCCAUCAGAUGCAACCCAGCUCUUUGCCAGAGGGUGAUCAACACAUGUACAAUACAGAGAAGACAUUCAUGAGGCAAUUUGUGCUCUUGGCGAAGGAGAAUCGAGUUCCACCCUGUCUCUUGCCUAGAGACGUGACGCUGUGGUUGCUGCGAAGUAGAAACUUACCACAAGAGUUCCGGGAAAUGCAAAUGAGAGUGGGUGCCAGGAUGUUCAAUCACCUUUUUGUGGCCUGGAUAAAGGCAAGGAUCCUCUGUUUGAAAAAGAUGCAGAGAGAAGUGUGCAGGGACCUGGACGAAGAGGAACGUCUUUCGCAGUUGCUGGGGAGGAAGGUCACACUUGAAGGCCUCCACAAGUACAUAUCAAUAGUGAGGCCUCAAGCUGAACAGGACACUGAGAUCUUCCUCCAGCUUCUUUUCAGUGAGCUUCAAAUAUCAUUGAGCAGCGUUGAGUUGACCAGAGUACAAAGACUGACACUGUGCCACAAAUUCUACCGUGCUACUGGGUCCCUGGUGGAGAAGAUUGUAGAAUUGUCUCUCGACUUCCUUCUGGAAGAGCUGGAGCCACCUGCAAAUGAGGAGUCCAUCACAGCAACAUUGGCACAAAGAUGUGAGGGCGCCAGCAAAGAGAUUGGAAGGAUGCUCGCCAAUGCUAUGGCUUCCAUCCCCUGCCUGUGUCAGUACAUCUCACAAGACGAUCUCCUGUGCAUCUGCACUGCCAUGGCUUGGAGAAUGUCCCAAAGCUUUUUCCAAAACUUUGUUGAGUGCUCUGCAUACUUUCACCAGCUUGACUUGGAUGAUUCCUUGGUCACUGCACGGGACAGAGUGAUGAGUGCCAUUGUGCAGAUGGUAUACAUGACCAAUCACUAAAACUCUUGCUUCUCCCCUGCUCUUUCCCCACAGAAGCAGCAGAAUUA